ACCUAAACCUAUCAUUGUCGACCUAGAAUUGCCACUGGCUCCACUGGAGUUGGAUUAUGAAAAAUCACUAAGGCAACAGAAGUUAGAGGCAGAAUUUGUUAAUUAUUUUGCUUUAAACCGAGGCAGAAAUAUUCAAAAUUUUGUUUUCCCUCGCGCGAAAGGAAUUGUAUUGUGUGAUAAUGGCAAACCAAUACUUCAUAAAGUGAACUCAGAUUCUCCUAUUAUCUACAUUUCAAAUCACGCGGAUACAAUUUGGAAUAAUUUAAGAACCAUAAGUUUAUUUGAUAAUAUUAACGAGGAGAAAAUAGAUAAUAAAGAUUUACAAAUUCACGUUCCCGUAUUAACUGUUGAAUAUAGAGCUGAUGUAUCUGAUAGUUUUGUUAAAGACAUCGAGAGUGCGCUUAAAAUUUCGAAUGAAAGUGAAAGAAGAAAGGUUAUAGAAAAGCAGUUUAAUCAUUAUGGUAAUUACGUUGUCACGAAGUUCACACUUGGCGGUAUUAUCACUAUUAGAGAUUGGUUAAACGUAUCUGAUGAAAGUAAGACUUAUUUAAGGAACUAUAUAAAAUGGGCACUUGAAUGUGGAAAAGGACAAACUUCUGAAAUUUUUGAAGACGUACCACUUGAUAAAAUACCUCCACUUGAAGCUGAUGACGAAAUGGAUACCCUUGGCGACUUAUGCAACUGGUUUGCGAGAAUAUAUGAUCUUGAAUUUGCCAAAGUUAUAUCUUACAGAAAGCUAAUCCCAUCUUACAGAUUACUACCAGAUGGUUUACAACAAAAAUUAUUUGAUCUAACUGGUUCUAAACCCUUUGAGGCACCCGUAGGUGAAUUAGUUCCUAAUAUUCUAGAAAAAAAUGAAAGAAUAGAGCUUGCAAAAUGGAUAGAAUUAAGGCCUAAACUUGAAUUAUUUUUAUGGGACUGGUUUCACAAUAGUUCACUCCAAUAUGGUGUAAUUCUACACAAGUCAAAACUUGGUCAUGGAAAAAAGGCGGCUUUUAAGUUUUUAAGGGUGCCUACCACUACUGAAAUCAAAAAAGUCACUCUUUUAUUAGCACAACCCCGAAAUCGUCAAGAAGCAUAUUUAUUAGAGAAUGGCAUAAUUAUGAAAGAUGGGAAUAAUUUAAAUUUUGAUAAUAUUCCUUUCGCUGAAUAUAGUUCAAUACUUAGCUGUCCUUUGGAGGAUUUCAAGUCCGCUAAAAAUCAACCGUCUCGAGCCAUUUACUGUCAAAUAAUUGUCAAUAUGACAAAACUUUCCUUUAAUUUUGGGGAUAUCAAAUCCUUACAGAAAUAUUCAAAUAAUGUUAAUAUAGCGUUUCAAAGCAAUGAACCAUAUAAAAAUCUUUGCAAAAUAUUUGGAGAUGAUUAUGGACAUUUAUUGCCAAGAACUUUAACCGUAGGUGGGGUUUUGUUGAAAAAAUUUGAAUCUUAUACUACAAAAAUUUUAUCAGAAACAAUUCAACACGAAUAUGACAUAGAUGAUCCCAAAAUAAUUGAAAAAAUUGAAGCACAUCUAGAAGAGUGGAAUGAACGAUUUAACGUGGACACAUCAUUUUUUAUCAAUGGUACUGGCGGUAUUGUUUACCGUGAUAAAAUUAACACUUGGCUUGAUAAUUUCCUGAAUCUAACUAAUGAAAAAGCGUCCCAGAAAGAUCAAAAUUGGAGUAGUAAUUGGAGCCUUGUUUCAUCUGAAGACUGGACGCCAUUAUACAAGAUUCUGCGAAAAUCAAGUACUGUUAUUGAUAAAACUUUCAGCCAAUACCAAAUUGUUUUUAAUGGAGAAGAAUUAUUCCAGAAGGAUGAACAGGACAUUUUCGUGAUUAGAUUCCCUGGUUCACUUAUUGACAAUAACUAUCACAUCUUUGGAGUUAUCGUAAAGAAAGAUGAAAAGGGUGAUUGGAUAAAAUAUGCAUAUCCUAAUUUCAAUAAAAACAGAAAUGUUAGAGUCCUCUACGGAAAACUCACCGUUAAAGAUAAUAAUUUAUCCGAUAUACAUUUAAAGUGUAAAAAUCUUACUUCAGAUUGUGUUUUGAUAACAUCAAUUGUCUCCAAUGACAAUUCGGCAUUUUAUAGCAUUAAACCUAAAGCUUGGGCGAAGACUAAAAUUAUUAUAGAUAUGACAAAAGACAAAUCGGAAUCUGAUCCAAAGCAUGAUAAAGAUGGAUUUGAUGAUGAGGGUUCUGAUAGCGAGAUUGAUAAUGUUGAUAAAACAGAACAAACAGUUCAAGAUACGAUCCUCAAAUGGUGCAUAAUCUACAAUGACGGAAGAAAAUCUAUGAUUAGUGAAGUUGAUAAUUCACAAAUGCUUCCUUGGAAUUCAUUUGGAGAUUAUCUUGAUGACAGUAUGGAACGCUUGGAAGAAGAUUAUGAUUGGCGUUUUGAACAGAAACCUCAACUGAUGUUAGAACAAGCAAUUCAACAACAUGAUUUAGAUGAUGGUGAUUUGCUUGAAGCAUGGAGGGUCUUCAUAAAUUAUGCUAGGAGAAAAGAUCAUAUUGCACUUUAUUGGAUUGGAUUUUACCUACAAUAUGACAUUUUAACGGCUUCUAACCUUUUUAGAAGAAGAUUUUACGAAGAAGCUAUAGAUGAGUUUGCCGAAGGAGCUGAAACAAAUUUACAAGCCGCAAUGAUGCUCUAUAAAAAAUCUGCAGAUUUUGGCUAUCCUGAAGCGCAGCUAAGAUAUGGUUAUGGCCUUUAUUCUGGACAAGGUGUCCUCCAAGAUAAG